AUGGCUGAUUUAGUUAAUCUGUUUGGUGAAACUUUGAUUAGUAAACUUGAACCUGAUAAUCCUUUGUAUUUACAUGCUAGUGAUUCAACACAUUUAACUAUUGUAAAUAUAAAACUAAAAGGUACUGAGAAUUACACAGUUUGGGCAAAUGCUAUGCUUCUUGCUUUAAGAGUUAAAAAUAAACUAGGUUUUGUAGAUGGUUCUAUUGAUAAGCCUGUUGAUGAUGAAGUACUUGCUGCUCAAUGGGAAAGAUGUAAUUCGGUUGUUUUAACAUGGAUUUUAAAUUCUGUGUCUGAGGAACUAUAUUUGGGUCAAGUUUAUUCAAAAUUAGCUUCUGAAGUGUGGAAAGAUUUAAAGGAGACUUAUGAUAAUAUUGAUGGUUCUGUUGUGUUUAACCUGUAUCAGAAGAUUAAUGGUUUUAAUCAAAAUGGGUUGUCUGUGUCUGAGUAUUAUCAUAAACUGAAUAUUAUGUGGAAACAGUUGGAUCAAAUACUACAGUUGCCUUCCUGUACUUGUAAUGCUUCAACUUCGUUUAAUAACUUCAAUCAAAUGAUAAAACUUAUGCAGUUUUUAAUGGGAUUAGAUAGUGUUUACCAAAGUGUUAGAACUAAUCCGUUGACUAAAGAAAGUCUUCCUACUGUAAAAGAGGCGUUUGCCAUUGUUUCUAGAGAAGAAUCUCAUAGAAACUCUAGUAGUGAUAAGAAAAGUCAAACUGUAGGGUUUGUUUCUAAAAUUAGUCAAUCCGAUUUAACAAAGAGAAUUAAUAAAGUGUCUAAUCAAUCUUUAAAGUGUACUAACUGUAAUAAGUUGGGUCAUACCGUUGAAAAAUGUUUUGAAAUUAUUGGAUAUCCCUCUUGGAUGAAGCCAAGAGGGGGACAAGGAAAGAAGGCAAUUGCUAGUAGUAGUAAUACUGUUAGUGUUGUUAAUGAUACUAGUGGGUCUGGUGUUGCAUCUUUGAGUGCUGAACAAGUGUCUAGGUUAUUGAGUUUGUUAUCUGAUAGAACUUGUGAGACUGCUGGUCAGAGCUGCAAUGUGUCAGGUAGUGUAACUAGUUCUUUUUGUUCCAAUGUAUUUUAUAAACCUGUUUAUAAUUUUGCAACUUUGUUUGAUAACAAAAGGGAUAGUGGGUGGAUAGUUGACUCAGGUGCCAAUCAACAUAUGGUUAAAAGUCAUGAAAUGCUUUCUGAUUUUGUUGAUGUCUCAAAUUUGAAUAUUAAGGUUAAACAUCCAAAUGGAACUGAUGCUUUGGUAACUAAAAUAGGUAGUUUAAAACUUACACAAGGGGUCAUUUUACAAGAUGUUUUUGUUGUACCUGGGUAUUCUAUCAAUCUAAUUUAUAUGCAUAAGCUUGCUAAAGAUAAUAAACUAUAUGUUGGUUUUGAUGAAAAUACUUGUUAUAUUCAGGAUUUGUUAACAAAGAAAAUCCUGGUGACUGGUAGACAGUUAGUGUUGGAAACAAGCGGUCUCAAAGAAUCCCAACAACCCUCCCAAAGCUAA